GUCGCUCGAUUGCAGCACAUCAGCAAGUGGGCUGGCCUCUUCCAACACUGCACUGACCACCUCCAGCAGAUGGUGGCCACAAGUCACAGUGAUCCAGAGGUAACACACAGACAAUCAUCACCGGACGAGAGCUACGACCAGAGCCCGCGAGGAGGGAGAGGAGGUGAAGACGAGAUGAGCGAUAUCUACCGAGCCUAUGGUGUCAUGGCCAGGAAUGCACACAAAGAGUGUUUGGUGUGCUCCAUGGAGGGUUUCAAAUCGGCCAGUCACCCAUUUGGAAUACUGGUAAACCACUUCACCAGAUGUUUCAAUGAGAGCUACUCUGACAUUGGUGGGCACCCUCGUCUCCUCCCCCACGCCAUCGGAGAGCUUACC